UGUUUCCAGGUAUUUAAGUGGCAGCUGUCAGGAGUUAUCCUCUUUCCCCUUUUGGGGAGCCUUUUAAUACCAUCCAAGUGGCUCAUCCUUGUUUGUACGCCUUCGCCCUGCCAAUCUCCUAUUCCAUCUCUCUCUCCCCCCCCCCAUUGGACACCUGUUGAUAGGUGACACAAGCUAUUAUUAUUGUGGCGAUUAACGGAAAGCGAUCAGAGCAUGAAAGAGAACCCAAUCCCUCUCAGGAAGGGCCAGCACUUUCAUUUCAAGUUGUUUUUGAGGAAGUGCUAAAGGCGUUAAGUUGGCUGGACUGGACAGGGUAUUUUUCCUUCGGUUUUGAAUUUUGUCUUUUCCACCUGGCAACUGCACAACGCGUUGCUUUCUUGACCGGAUUGCCAUGCUGCAGCAAAUUUUGCAGGAUAUGUACAUCGACCCGGAGCUACUGGCCGAACUGAAUGAAGAACAGAAGCAUGUCCUCUUCUACAAGAUGAGAGAAGAGCAGGUCAGGCGAUGGAGGGAGAGAGAGGAAGACACGCAGGAGGGAGAGGCGGCUGUGCUGCAAAGGACAGCGAGACUCAAGCAGAGUAAUGACAAACGAGUGCAGUGGCUCUGUGGGACUGAUGGCGAGGUCUGGGUUUGGAUUAUGGGAGAAGCUCCUGGAGACAAGCCUUAUGAGCAGCUUACAGAAGAACUUAUUGCAGAAAGAGCCAGACAACAAGCCCAGAAGGAAGCAGAAGAAUUAUGGAAGCAAAAAGAAGCGGAAAUCACAAAGAAGUUUCGAGAUGCUAUGGCGAAGGAGAAGGCUCGAAUAGUGGCAGAGAAGUGGAAGAUAGAGACAGAAGAUCGCAAAGCAGCCAAAAUGAUGGAGGAGAAAAUUCAGGAGGAAUUAAAGAAAAGAGAGGAAGAAGAGAGGCAAAGAGGUGAAGAGCAGAUACGGCAACAGGAGGAACGCAGAGCUCAAGAGCUGUACCUGAGCCUUAAGCAAGCCCAGCAGUAUAGCCCGCAGAAUGAAAAGGAAGACCAUGAAUGGGAAGAACAACUACGUCGCUCAAAAGCUGCGGAUGAGGAAAGGAGCCAUAAAGCACGCCGGGCCCGGGAUGAGUACCGGCGACAAUCCUUGCGGGCAAUCCAGAAAGGAAAAGUGGCUGGUCUCAGUAACCUGUUCCAGGCAGCUGGUCUGAAUAUCGAGCCAGAAGCAAAGCUGAAUGACACCUGUCCCAUUCCAGCAUUCACCAUGACGGUAUCAACCAGUAAAGCCUGGGAACGGCCUCUGAGGCCUUUCUCCAGAGAAGUUAUUAUUCAGUGGUUCAAAGAAGAGCAGCUUCCGCGCCGUGCUGGAUUCGAGAGGAACGCUAAUACUGUGGCGCCUUGGUUUCAUGGAAUUAUUAGUCGCCAGGAGGCCGAAGAGCUGCUGAUGAACAAGUCUGAGGGAGCAUUCCUAGUGCGGGUCAGUGAGAAAAUCUGGGGAUAUGCCCUGUCCUAUCGCCAUCAGAGUGGAUUCAAACAUUUCCUGGUGGAUGCUUCCGGAGACUUCUACAGCUUCUUAGGGGUGGAUCCCAACCGACAUGCCACACUCACAGACCUUAUCGAUUUCCACAAGGAAGAAAUAAUCACAUCCUCUGGCGGAGAGUUGCUACUGGAGCCUUGCAGACAAACAAAGAACCCACCUGAUUAUAGCCCUUUAUUUGAAUGACUGUGGAGACUAUAGUAAAUAUUUCUGGAGAACAGAAAUAAUUAGUGAAAUGACUCCACCUUGAGAUAUAAGAUCACAGCUUAUCACCAGCUAAUGAAUGGCAAAUGUUAAGCAAGAAAAAGUCUUAUGUAGGCAAUCCAAUUUUUAAUUCGCAACCAUUAUUUAUCUUAUUAGCCAUUUAAAACUGGAAGCACAAGAAAACAAUUCCUCUACAAUUGUCCUUCAGAAUAGGGUUAAACCACCAGUGAUGAUCAAAAAUCACCCCCCACAAAAAUUUCCCUAAUAGCUGUAGCAAAAGAGAUGGUUGGUAAUGGAACUUAUUUAGCAUAUAGUGAGUUGUGAAAUUCUCAAAAUGGUAGCAUUCAGGAGCUAAAUGUAUGUGACUGAAAAAGAUGCAGAUUAAUGGUAUGGCUAUGUAGAGAUAGGUCUUUUCUAGUCUUCAAACUAUGCAUGAUGUUAGCAGCCCCAUUUGCUUAAACCUCAUCUUCCCCAGGUAUGCAUAAAGUGGGGGUCUGAUUUUUAUUUUUACCUCAGUAAGGAGAGCAAAACCAUCCUUGCACCCACCACUUUUCUUUCCAUAACCUUUCUUCCAGCCAAGCUCAAUUCUGGCAUCACAGCUUGGUUGAAGAGAAAAGUAUUGGGGGUGGAGUCAAAGGUAAGCUAUGGGGACGGGGUUAAGUACCCCCAAUCAUUGGGGCAGCUCCUGGCUGAAACCAACAUGGCAGCAGCUGUUACAUGUGCCUUGAGCCUAUACAGAGUGGAAAGGGAGACCAACAUUAAUACAUUUCACAGUCCUUUAGCAGGGGUGUUACAGCUAUUAGAGCCUCCUCCCCUUUCCUAGAACGGCUUCCUCACACUGCUUGCCUACCAUCCCAUUAUAAAGAGGGAUUUCCCUUUCAACAGGCCUUGACUUGUAUGCAGGAUUGAAUUGUCAAGUGUAAAAGUGUACAUAUUGCCACCUGGCAAAUAUUGGAGGAUAAAACAUACCGACGUCUAAGUUGCACUCAUUACCAACUUUUUAUAAGGAGCAAUAAACACUUGUGAAACAU